AUGAAAAACAAGCACAGCGCUGAUGGGGUCCGCCUCAUCGUGGAAGCGACGCUUGAAGGCAAGGGAUAUGGAAAGACACAGUACAAGGUCUACGAGGCAAUUGCUGGGCUGAAGGAGGAUGGCAAGCGCGAAGCCCCCUACCUGUUCGUCUGGCUGCACGGCAUGGACAACGGCAUGAUCGAGCCAGCGUACCUGCGGACGAUGCAGACUAGAAUGAACCGCCGCGUGAUUUUCAUGGUUCCAAAGAGCCCAAACACGACUGCUGAUGGCUGGCACUUCAACUGGGGGUGCUGCUUCACCAAGAGCGACAACAAGAAGCAGCUAGGCUACGUCUUCGGCUCGCUGCAUCUGGACUAUUUGCGCGACCUCACUGCAAAGAUCAGUGAGAUCGCAUCCAUCUUUCAAGCAGAGAGAACCUUGGUGAUGGGAUACAGCAUGGGUGGCUUUGGUGCCUUUCAGCUCGGGGCGAUGUCUCCUGACGUCUUUGAUGUGGUGGUUUCCGUUGCCGGGUAUGGAUUGGGGACUUUGGAGCCCCAAGGCGAGAUGUACGAUGCGCCACAGCCGCGAGCAGGGGAGCGAUUUGAACUCUUCCUUCGGCAGGUGGCAACAAGGCUGAGCGUCGUGCCAGUCGUUCUUGCAAUGCACGCGAGGAAAGACUCGAUGUCAAGCUUCCGAGAUGUGAAUGCAAUCAUCCACCACGUGCAGGACGAAAGCAUCAAGAAAGGCUCUGAUAGCAUCGUGCAACUCUUCGAGGUUCCCGAUGAAAAAGCCGACUCAGACAGGGGACGCAAAAAGAAAAACAAAAGUGGUCAUCACUACUUCAACUACACUUUGCUGGACGAGUCCAGUGAGGACUUUUUCUGGUCGAAGCUUCAAGGCUUUCUUCAGGUUGCCGUUCCCAGACUAGAGCUGCAGAUGGUGAGCUUCGACUCCAUCGGACGCUUCGGGCUGUCGAACACAGGCAAGCCCGUGUGUGCGAGAUGUGGUCCCUGCUGGAAGGAGGCGAAAGCUGGCGAAAUCCAGAAUGCUGGCAAAAGCCUUCGCAUUCCCCAGUUCGUGUUUGCAGGUCGGCAAUCAUCGCCGAGCGAUCAAAGAGUACCUGAAACGCAUCGGCUGCUGAAUGAGGUUCAGGACUCCGCAGAAGCGACGGCGGAGGGUGAUGCUUGGGGGGAAGAGCCGGGGGAGGCAUUCGAGCUAUGCCAAGACGAGACUGAGGAACUUCCGGGUGAGGUUGAAGACCAGCCGUGGGAAGCUGAGGAGUUCCAAGAAGAGGAAAGGGAACUGGGUGAGGAGGUGUUGGGCGAAGACGGCGAGCCACCUCCUGAGGAGGAGGAGCUGUCUUUGGAACAUGCCUCGUUUGCACCCCAGCCGAGGAGAGGGUGCAAAUUUCGUUGUUGA